AUGGAGUUCACCGAGCAAACCUAUCUCUUCCUACGUCAGGACACAGACAAUGAUGAGGAGUCAGUAAAAUUAUAUUCAUCUGAAGAGUGCAAGAUAGUCAUAUCUGCAUUGCAGAGCGUGUUAACCCUUUUAGGCGGAUCAGCAGGGACACAACUUGCCAAAAGGCUCCGGAACAAACUGAACAAUGACGCAGUAUCUUUUCUGGAUUGCAUAGAGCGGAUGUGGGCGAGUUUGCGCAGCGAGAACGGGAUUACGCUGCAUUUGCCAGUUUCGCUCCUGGAUCUUCUGACAAAGUCGACUCUGGGCUCCCAACAGGGGGCGUUCGAAAAUGAGGAGAUGGAUCUACGCUUCUCUUUCGAAUUGGACGGGAGCGGAGGAAUCUUCCUGAAGCGGCGCGAUGGGAGUGCGCGCGUUUCAUUGCAGCGGACAAUAUCUGAUGUCGACAAGGAGGAAGAGUGGCUCCCCUAUGUGCUCACCUCUGUGAACCGCAUCUUUAACGAGAACAAGGAGAAGCUGAUGUCGAAUACAGCUAUCGCGUGGUCGCCGGGGCUGACCAAAUAUGAGUGCCUAGCCACGACUGAUUCGCGGCAGUCACAAAAGUCUUCAUACACUCUUACAUACUCCAAGGCACCACAAACAUACCCAGUUGUCGUAUACACUAAACGAGGUUGGACCCCGGUUUCGGAAAGGACCAUUUACGGACUUCCCCAAGCCGAAACCAGGAAGCUCAUCAGGCAAUUAGUUAGCUUGCUGAAUAGUUACCAGUCUAACAUGGAAACCAGACCCAACGGACAGUUCUUAGCAGAGAAGUUCGCCAAAUGCGGCAAAAAGACCAUGCCUUUACCGGGGUUUCGCUGGCCGCUGGCCGUGGCAUUUCUUCCAUGCCUUGCAGAUUUUCAUAGUCUCAAGCACGUCACACAGCAUGCUUUGAAGGGCGAUACUGACGAGUACAGAAUAUCUCCAAAUAUGAGCGAAAUUCAAGUAUUACAGGACUAUGAAACUCUCAAGGCAAAGCUAAAGAGCCUUGCACGAAAGUGUGGGAACAACCUGGAGAGUGCGGCAUCUCCUACGCAUACGGAGCCAGCGCAGGCUAAAUUGGCAAAGGCCGAUAAGCAAAUGGUUGAAAAGCAUCCAGAACAGGCAGAGGAACAUGCAGUCUCCAUAAAGGAAUCCCCUAGCAUAGCACAAAUAGAAGAGCCCAGAAUGCCUGCUCGCAAGGUUGCACUAGACAAGUUAUCUCAGUUAAAGGCAGUCAGCAUGGCGCACACCAUUCUAGACCAUUCUGCUCAGCAUGCGCCUCAGAGCUCCAGCGCUGUGCGUGAAAAAGUGGUGACCGCAGUUAAGGAGCAGGUCCAAAUGGAGUCCGCCGUCCGCUCUGUGUACGAUCCCCCGGAUAGAACCGCAGAGCUAGCCACCUUGGUAUCAGGCAUACGACAGGGUGGUGGAAGUAGAAUGCGAAUUAUAGAGCAGCUCAUUCCUAGUAUACGAUCUAUCAUGGACGCCAGAAGGGGCUAUCUACAUCAAAAACUGAAAGCAGGGCCUGCACAGCACGCUGCCCUGCAGCUCUGGGACGCCUUUCACAACGACGUGAUGCCCCCAAACAUAUUUGCCGAAUUGCUCCUGAACAUAGAGAGCGACUUGGAGCUGUACACCUUUUACGGCAUAUUUCGAGAUAUCGUCUAUGGCAUGUAUCUGGGCAUGGACACUCGGGGGCAUUUACAGCUGCUGUGCACGUCUGUACAGUCCUACUUCAGCUACGAACUCUAUGCAGAGUCAACAGAAAACAUGAAGAAACGAGUUUCUAUAAACACCCUUCUUGUUAAUACAAGCGAAAACUGUGACGAAUCCAGGGUCCCAGACACCUGGAUUAAUCACUACCAGACCCUACUGCGCGAGAUCUUCGGGCUCCUCAAGGAGGGAACGCAGGCACAAAUUAAACAGGUUAUACGUUUUGAAGACGAAUUUCUAGAUACAGUCGGCCCUAUGUGA